CAGUGCAACUAAGGCUGGGAUUUCAAAGAGCCGGAUAACGGUACGGCCGGAUAAAUAUUCCUAUUUGGAAGUGAUGUGAAUAUUCUUAUAAAUUGACGCCGCUGAAAAAUAAUCGGGUGUUUGGGUGGGCAAAGUGGAGAGGAGCACUGAAGUAUUGAAGCCCGUCUGCUUGGCAAGCUUGGUGCUCGGUUAUCGUAUCCUGCUUUCAGUACCUUCCCUGACCCUGUGAGAUAUCAUUAUUUCAAAAGGGGGACACCAGCUGCUCUCGCACACCUUUAUCAUGAUCUUCAACCUGGCAUUGAAAUGCUCAGAGCUGUGAUUCGCGAGUGUGGGUUUCUGACACUGAGCCCCUCGUAGCAAAACCCAGGUGUCUGCUUUCUUUUCUCCCUCCUGAUGGACUGCAGACACACCAGGAUAAAACCUGCGGGAGGGACUGAUGUGAGGCUGUGUUGGAAGAGCAGCGACUAGAAGGAUGCCGCAGGAUGACUGACAGGCUUGAACAGAGAAAGAGAGAGCGAGACUCCCAGAGAGACAGUGGCAAUGCGGACACAGGAAAAAAAGUGCCGCACACAGCAAUUUCUUUGAAAACCCCCCGUUUGCCAGCUUGUUUACUUUGAAACACAGACCUUUCUAAGCACGGAGUUCCGUUUUUUUAAUAUUUCUAAUAUCCAUCUAUGAGAGCCUUGAUCAUCUGAUCUUCAGAGACCUUGAAUCAACAAGGACAGAUGGCUGAAUAGUCAAGGUGGCUCAGUCGUGCUGCUGCAUUGGAAAUAAAAUUCGUCCGUGUAUUUGCAGGACAAACCAGGCGUCAGUAAGUCCUGGUUUUGAUACAAAGUCUUCUGUGUGGAAGGCUAAGUGACACUGGCAGGCGGCAAGCUGAUGAGAUUAACACGCUGUUGGAUUUAUACACCCAGGGAAAGAAGAGCACAUGCCCAGCUUCACACUUUCUUUAGGAGGAUGGAGAAUGAAAUCCAGGUCAUGGAUUGCAGCUUGUAGUGUUGGUGACUAAUAGAUGAUCAGCUUUAGUCACACUUGUAUGGACAGAUCCAGAGGUGCUAGUAAAAAAAAAUAGUAUCUUGAGUCUCAUAUCCACAAACGUCCUGGUAAGGGGGGAAAAAGCAGGCCCUCAGAAUCUGGGGAAACAAAGUUCUUUCUGUAGAUCAAAAUCUUAAAAAAAACUUUACUUUUUCUAAAACUGAGCUUGUUCAUGUGCAACGCAGAUACAGCAGUAAGCAAUCGGAUCCAGCUAAUUUAAAACCCCCAGUUUGGAACCCCAGCAACUUUUAGCCUCAGCUAAAUAAAGCCCAGCUAACUCCCUGCCAAAUCAUUUUACAUUCAGUCCCAGUGUGAACCUGCUGUGCUCGCUGUUACAGCUUAACCUUUUGGGCCACGUACGCGACUGGGAGUUUUGGAUGGGUUUAAGGAUUAGAAGGACUGCAAGCUUGGAUUGGUUUAGCAGAAAGUAGGAGAGCCCACACCAUGGGUCACAGACAAUAGGCUGCCUGUCUCUGUCUGAAGACUGUUCUGGGUUACUUGUUUGGUUGAUUAAAUAUGAAGACCACAGUGCUGAUGCCCGGGAGUUGCUGAAGUGUGGCUGUUGCUGUCGGGCCACUUGCCAGUUUCAUCUCUUCAGUCUCCUCUGCCUCCCUGUUCUGUCUUCGUUGGCUGAAAGUUUAACUCCAGCCGCAAUGAGUCGGGAGUACUGCUGCUGUCAAUGGUCCAACUAAGUCCACUUGUUACUGAGCCAGACAGGUAUUACAUCACUGUGUAGGACAUCCUUGUUCAGCCGUCAAGGACAACAGGCUUUGCUGUGCCUGGCUGCCUGUUACGGACCUCGAAGGGAGGGGGUGGGGAGGGGGGGCUUUGCCGGAAUUCAGCGGGCUCCUGUCAGAGCAGCUGGGCUGCAUAAUGAAGCUGAAGAAGCAAGUCACAGUGUGUGGUGGGGCCAUCUUCUGCGUGGCUGUCUUUUCUCUCUACCUGAUGCUGGAUCGAGUCCAACAUGACCCAGCCCGGCGGCAGGGCGUAGGAAACUUCCCCAGGAGCCAGAUCUCGGUGUUGCAGAACCGUAUUGAGCAGCUGGAGCAGCUGUUGGAGGAGAACCACCAGAUCAUCAGCCACAUCAAGGAUUCAGUGCUGGAGCUGACGGAGACUGGAGCAGGGGCCCCUGGGGGCCAAAUUCCCUUCCGCAGCCACAAUGGCUCUUGGGUGGUGCCUUUUGAUGGACGCCCUGCCUUCCUGUCUGUCUCACCACAGGAUUGUCAGUUUGCCCUUGGGAAUCAGGGGCAGAAGACGGAUUUACAAACGCUUGAUGUGUAUUCCCUGCUGAGCUUUGACAAUGUAGAUGGCGGAGUGUGGAAGCAGGGCUUUGAGAUCACCUAUGAUCCCAGUGAGUGGGACAACGAGCCGCUGCAGGUGUUUGUGGUGCCGCACUCCCACAAUGAUCCAGGCUGGAUUAAGACCUUUGACAAGUAUUACUUCGACCAGACGCAACACAUCAUCAACAACAUGCUGGUCAAACUGCAGGAGGACCCGCGGCGCAAGUUCAUCUGGUCCGAGAUCUCCUUCUUCGCCAAGUGGUGGGAGAGUGUGGACAUGCAGAAACGGGAAGCUAUGAGCAAACUGAUUCGGAGUGGUCAGGUGGAGAUGGUGACAGGGGGCUGGGUGAUGACCGAUGAGGCCAAUGUCCACUACUUUGCAAUGAUUGACCAGCUCAUUGAGGGGCACCAGUGGUUGGAAAAGAACAUAGGAGUUACCCCACGGUCUGGCUGGGCUGUUGACCCCUUCGGUCACAGUGCCACCAUGUCUUAUGUGUUGAAGAGGGCCAAUCUGACCAGCAUGCUCAUCCAAAGGGUGCACUACUCCAUCAAGAAACACUUCUCUGCCACACAGAGCCUGGAGUUCAUGUGGAGGCAAGCGUGGGAUCCUGCCUCUAGUACAGAUAUCUUCUGCCACAUGAUGCCCUUCUACAGCUAUGAUGUGCCACACACCUGUGGCCCUGAUCCCAAAAUCUGCUGCCAGUUCGACUUCAAAAGGCUGCCAGGUGGGAGGGUGAACUGUCCCUGGAAAGUGCCCCCCCGUGCCAUUGUCGAGGCGAAUGUGGCCGAGAGAGCCAAACUCCUCCUUGAUCAGUACCGGAAGAAAUCGAAGUUGUUCCGCAGCAAAGUGGUUCUGGUCCCACUGGGAGACGACUUCCGAUAUGACAAGGCACAGGAAUGGGAUCAGCAAUACAUCAACUACCAGAAGCUCUUUGACUACAUGAACUCGCACCCUGAGAUGCAUGUGCAUGCCCAGUUUGGGACACUGACGGACUACUUUGAUGCCGUUUACACCACGAAUGGUGUGGCACACGGGACCAGACCUCCUGACUACCCUGUGCUGAGUGGGGACUUCUUUGCGUAUGCAGACCGAGAGGACCACUAUUGGAGUGGCUUUUAUACUUCCCGGCCUUUCUACAAAAACCUGGACCGUGUGCUGGAGUCCCAUCUCAGGGGUGCUGAAAUUCUCUUUAGUUUAGCCCUGGCUCACUCAAGGCAUGCUGGCAUGGAGGGUCGCUACCCCACGUCUGAUUACUCUCUCCUCACUGAUGCCCGCCGCAACAUCGGGCUCUUCCAGCACCACGAUGCCAUCACUGGCACCGCCAAGGAGGUGGUUGUCAUUGACUACGGUGUCAGGUUACUGCGUUCCCUUGUAGGCCUAAAGAGAGUGAUCAUAAAUGCUGCUCACUUCCUGAUCCUCAGAAACAAGGAUCAAUAUCGUUUCUACCAGACAGAGCCCUUCCUGGAAACGGAUGAUAGGCGUGCAACACAAGACUCACUGCCCCAGCGCACACUCAUUGAGCUGGACUCCACCCCUAGGUACCUGGUGGUGUUUAACCCAGUGGAGCAGGAGAGACUGUGUCUGGUGACGGUGUUGGUGAACUCGGCGCGGGUUCGGGUCUUGACUGAGGACGGGCAGACUCUUCCGGUCCAGCUGAGCGCCCAGUGGACCUCCCCCAGUGAAAUGAGUCAGGACGGGUUUCAGGCCUCCUUUGCCACCCGUCUCCCUGCUCUGGGCCUGGCGGUGUUCCAGCUGUACGACUCCUUCGACUCCGCGCUGACCCUGCGCUCCGACACGGUGCUGCGCUUGAACGGGAGGGGGCUGACGCCCAGGGGCGUGGACCCCCUCCCGCUGCGCGUCCACGCCUCGGACCAGCACGACUUCUACAUCCAGAGCCAGAACCUGCUGCUGAGCUUCUCGGGCUCCACAGGCCUGUUGGAGAGUGUGACGCGCAAGGAGGACCAGCAGGAGGUGAAGCUGCAGAUGGAGUUUUGGAUCUACGGCACCAGGGCAUCCAAGGACAAGAGUGGGGCGUACCUCUUCCUGCCUGACGGUGAACCCAAGCCCUACAUGCAGAAGGAACCCCCAAUAGUACGUGUGGUUGAGGGCCCGUUAUUCUGCGAGGUGGUCACUUACUACCAGCACUUCCAGUUGACUGUCCGGAUCCACAAUUUGCCCGGAGUGGAUGGGCUCUCUCUUGAUAUCACCACCUUGGUUGACAUCAGGGACCAGACCAACAAGGAGCUGGCAAUGCGGCUGGUCACUAACAUCCAAAGCGAGAGUUUCUUUUUCACAGACCUCAAUGGAUUCCAGAUUCAGCCCCGGCGAUACUUCAAGAAGCUCCCCUUGCAGGCCAAUUUCUACCCCAUGCCUACUAUGGCUUACAUCCAGGACAGCCAGUACCGGCUCACUUUGCACACAGCGCAGGCCCUGGGGGUGUCCAGCCUGGAGAGCGGUCAACUGGAAGUGAUUCUGGACAGGCGGCUGAUGCAGGAUGACAAUCGCGGGCUGGGCCAGGGACUGAAGGACAACAAGAGGACUGAAAACAAGUUCAGGAUCCUGCUGGAGAGAAGAGUCUCUGCUAGCAAGCAUGCAGGCUUUCUUUCCACAGUCUCCUCCAUGUUUCACUCUCUCAUCUCCCACAUCUUUGGAGGCAGCACCCAGGAGGUGCAGGACAGCCAGCCGGUCAGCUUCCCCUCGCUGCUCAGUCACAUGACAUCUGUGUACUUGAAUUAUGGGUUCCUGGCUUUUCCAGUGUUGCCAAAAAAACGUGGUGUGCCCCCCCUGCGUUCCUUUGCUCCUCUCUCAGGGACCAUGCCAUGUGACUUCCACCUGCUGAACCUGCGCAACAUUCAGAAUCAGGGCGAGCAGACCCCAUCCCUCGACACUGCCCUGAUCCUGCACCGGAAGGGCUUUGACUGCAGCCUGGAGGCCUGGAACCUGGGCUUCAACUGCACAACCACACAGGGCAAGCUGUCCCUGUCUGGCCUGUUCCAAGCCUUGGAUGUGCAGUCUGUGCAGCCCAUGUCUUUAUCUUUAAUGUACGCUGGGACUCCUCUCUCCAAUGGCUCUCUGAUCAAGAUGGAUCCCAUGGAGAUCUCCACCUUCAAGAUAAGAUUCCGCUAGCUUCUUUCGCCCACAGGGCCUGCAGCAUCAAAUAGAGCACACCUGAUCCACUGUCUGCAGUCUGUCCUCUUGCAGUGCUGUAAAAGCCACUGAACUGGAAAAAGACUUUCAUAUUGCGUGUAUAAAUCCACGUACACACGCAUAUCCAUUGGAACUUUCAAUGUGGCUGGAUUUCAUUCAGGGUAAGCCUGUGCUCUUGGAAAGCAUCAGUUUGUACCACUUUUUCCUGCCCUUUGUGGUGCUCACUACAUUGUUAUUAGGAUCAGCUUGAAGCUGCACAGGACUUGCAUCAAAUAUGAGUGUGGAACUGGGAAAAAUGAGUGUGUGGAAUCCAGAAGCCCUCCGGUCCAUUCAUGUCCAAUAGACUAGGUCUCCUCUGGUCAGACUGAAAGGAACUCUAUUCCCGUGAGAGGUCAGAUCAGCCAGGGGCAGAGAUGGAAACUUGCCAUAAGUAUCUGUGCCAGUCUGCACUCCUCUGAGAAACCAGUCAAUGGCAAUCUGUGCUUGUCUCCACUCACUAGAGCAGCAGUAUUUUGCAAAUCAGCUUUAAGAUUCAUUGAAUCAUAUAAUCUCCUUCUUAAACCCCCUAACAAUGAACUACUUAUAAACUGUAAAAUGGUGUGCUUCAUGGGGGACUUGGAUUCUUGUCAGAUGAACUGCUAUUAUUUCUGUAUUCUGAUUGUUAAGAAUUAUUUUGUACUAUAUCACACACAUUUGCAUCAGGGAGAGACUGAGAUUUGAUUUUCUGUUUUCCUAUUGUACAUAAUCGGGUUUUCGGGUCGGGCAAAGCUUUGUAAAAAAAGUUUGUGCGUUCCUGAAUAUUAUCUCAGUGCCAAAAGCUUAUUGUGUUCUUAUACGAGGGCAUAAUGGCUAUGGUCUCUUUCCCUGUAUGUUUUGUUGCUUGACACCUGUUGAGUCCCACAAAGUUGUUGGUGAAAGGCUAUAUUUAGCUGUGUGUGAGUUCUUUGCUGUAGUAUAUCAGGCUACUUUCAAGCCUCAAAGGUUGAAGGCUGUCAACCCCCUACAACUGUGAAGUGUUAAUAUCAACAACCUGCUUUCUGGCUCCUUUCUAAGCCUUGAGCCUACUAUUGCACUAGUUCUGAGCUAACACGUACAGUACCACUGCACAGGCCCAUGCGUGGCUAGUGGGGUUGGCGGAGUUCACUGGCACAAAGCACUCUUGGUGAAUGGUCAGCCAGAUUUGAUCUAGGAUAGUAUUCACUGUAUGUCUGUAAUAUAAAAACUGCCACUUUGUCAUGUUUAACUUAUUCAUUUGCCAUUAACAUCAGAUUGGCGUUGUUACACUUCAUGCAGUAGAAAAUCCUGCCUCAUUUCGAAGCUAUUAAAAAGAUUGGUAAGUCAUUGCUGCAGACAGGAGACAGCAGGCCUGUGGGUGUAAAAGCUGCAAGCAGGGCCCAGCAUUUGUUUCGUGGUAUAUAGAAGGCCUGUCUGUGUUGACGGUGUCAGGCCUCUCAGCCCAAAGUGUUAUCAGACAUGCAGUGUUGUCACUCUGUCGGCCAGUCCUUUGGCUGUGCUGCCAGACAGCGCGUGAGAAACCUGAAACCCUGUCAGUUGCGUCCUCUACACAGACCUCUCUGCCUGGACUGCACAAGGCUUUAUCUCCUUUAGUGCAGCCACUCUGCUAUUAGACCAUCAGUGUUCCACGCUUCGUAGUUAGACCUUUUAUAUGUUGUAUUUGUUGUAGCUCUUGAUUUAAAAAUGAAAAAAAUAAAUGUUACAGAUUUUA